AUGAAUGUUCGAUUCCGUCAAGUCAAGUCCAGCAAAAUCAAGGUUGCUAUCAACAACGUGGCCACCAUGCAUCUGCAGGCCUCUGACACCUACAUGUCUCUGGGAUUCUAUUUCCAGUGUCAAGCUGUGUCUGUGGAUGGUAUGAGUACCUUCUUCCGAAAGUUGGCUGAGGAGAAGCAGGAGGUUGCCAGAAGUCUCCUGAAGCAGUCACGCCUGCAGUAUGAAUGUCCCCUCACCCACCAGGAAUCCAGGUCGUGUGAGUGGUCCAGCAGCCAGCAUGCGAUGGAAGUCGCCCUGGAAUUAGAAAAGAGCCUGUACCGGGAAGUUCUGGAGCUGCAAACCCUGGCUUCUGCCAACAAAGAUACCGACUUCGUCGCCUUUCUGGAAGACCAGUUCCUGGGGAAGGAAGCGGAGCUCAUCAAGCAGAUGCGUGACUAUCUGACCAUCAUCUGCAGGCUGUCUCACCCGCAGCUCAGUCUGAGCAAGUAUUUCUUCAAAAGGCCCACCUGUAAGCAAAAGUAUGAUUAA